AUGCCUUCUCUUCAGUCGGCUGAGGUUCAGCAGGCUGGAAGCACUGCCUCCGGGUGCGAGCUGCUCGAGAAGAAGGUUGGUAGCAAGUAUUCGACUUUCAAUCACGUGUACCAGAUGAGGUGGAAAGACAUCUUACGCUUCCGCCAAAAGACUAUGUUUACACAAUGUGAAGUUUGCCAGACUCUGAAGUCAGACCUAUCUGACAGGACCUUGAGUUUCAACCAAAAGUUGGGUGCCCUUCAGCUCUACAGGCAGCACCUCCACGAUCAGUAUUGCGACAGGACAGUGUGUUGGCGCCUCCAAAGUGAAAGCGCUGACCCAUCAUCGUGCGUGGUCACCAUCUGCACCGAUGGCCUUGACCAGGCCAAAUUUGGCUUGCCAAGGGACCCCCAGUUACGGUCAUCGGCUGCACUGACCCUGGGUGUAAUUCAAUAA